CAUAUAGAAUGUUAUUAAUUAAUUUAAAUCCAUGGUAUACCAUUAGAAAGUACGCUUAUUAAAAUUUGAAUUUAUGGACAAACUGACAAGUGUUUAAUGUCUGUGUAUGAUAUGACUCAGUGUUCAGUUUCAUUGCCCAUAAAUGCUUCUGUAACCUGCUUUAUUACCACUUUGUAGUACAUACUUUGAAGUAACCAAAGUGGUAACUUUGUUACUAUGAAAGUACUCAACUAGGCGAGUACUAUCAGGAUCAGCAUGUGGUACAUAAUAAACAAACUAAACUAAAUCCAGAUACAGAAGACCUGUUACAGCAGGCAGUUCACAUACAAAUAUUAAAACUCAAAGGAACCGGACCUUUGACAAGCCACCAGCUUCCUGUCCCAUUUGAGGCUACUAGAUAGAUAGUGAUCCUCAGGUAAAUGUUAGCAUAUUGGCUUGUAACUGGAUUGAUGUCAAGAGACCAUGAAAUGCUUUAAAAAGCUUCCUCUCUUACGCAGUGGUCUGUCGAUGAACGAAAGUCCUUGGCGCAGUGGUAAGACACUUGCUUGACGCUUCGUGAAUGCUUCGGCCUGGGUUUGUAUCCUGGCCAGGGAGGAUUAACAGGGUGCCAAUCCUUAACUAGCCUCUGUUCACCUAGCAGUGAAUGGGUAUCUGGUUGUUAAACGAUAGUUCCGAUUUGGCAGGCCAUAUUCCUGGGAAAAUUAUGAUUAAGGACUUGCCCAAAACGCUGUGUGUGCUAGUGGCUUUACAAGAAUGUAAUAACUCUUGUAUAUAAAAAUAAAAAAAAAAAAUAUAAAAGUGGUAAUGUAUACUGUACCAGUGAAAUGAACUAUGAACAGCAUUCAUAACUGUACACAGGCUCUAAAAUAAUUUACGAAAGAAAGUCUGCCAAAUUCUGUGCUACUAAAUGGUUAGAGCAGUUGGCUCACAACUAAUUGUAUCAGUCAAUUUAAUAUGAGCAGUCUGAGGGUAGUAAUAUACUUAGAACAAAAACAAUUUAACAGACCUAAUAUAAAGAGAAAUCUAUACAGUACUUAUUUCAUCUAUCAUCAUGCUAUAUAGGAAGAACCACAUAUCUCUUUAUCAUCCAGUAAAGUCACCAGAUUUCUGGACGUUACUACUGCUAGACUUGGGCUUGGCUAAGUUUCAUUCAGGAGAUUUUGAGGAACAAAGAGGACUUGGAAACUUAAUUUAGCACAUACAGUACUAUGGAGCUGCACCAGAAAACAAAGCCAAGUAGGUGCCUGAGGCGUUUGAAUUAUGAUGAGGAGAAUAUUGCCGAAGAAAGCAUCGCUCCUCUUACAAAUGAAGAUGUCUUGGAGACACGGAAGAUUUUAAGAUCACAGAAUGGAACAUCAGCACCUGCUAAUUCUGUAUCCAGUACUCACUAUGGAAGACUUGUGUGGGCCAAGAUUUCAGGUUCCAGAUCCUGGCCAGCUAUCAUUGUGAACCAUGAAGAUUGUGGAAUGAGAGCACCGUUUCUGGGCAGUGCUUUCGUAUUUUGGUUUGCAGACAACCGGGUAUCUCAGGUGCCUGUAUUAAAGAUCAUGGACUUUGCAAAGAAUUUCAAAAGCCAGUUUUCAACAUCAUCCCAAUUUUCAUUCAAUGCAGCAGUCUUGGAGUGUAUUAAGGAAUAUAGACAGCAGUCUGGAUUGGAAGACGUAGAUUCAAAACAAUCGCUGAUGAAAUGGGCUCAUAAUGGCUUUCCCGAGGCAAUAAAUUUUGAACAAAACAUAGUAUUAUGUUUGUCUUCAAAAAUAAUGCAUUGUCUGAGGCGUAUUAAAAGGAUGCAGUCGAGGAAAUCGGCAUCUACCUCCUCUUCACACGACUCGUUUUUUCCUACCUCAUCAUCUUCAUCAGUUAAUUCAGAUUCAUCAAGUGCUGAUGAACGACAGAACUGGAAACCCAAAGCAUCUCUUUUGAAGGCAGCCAGGGAUGGGAAACACAAUAUUGAGACACUCUGUAUAGCUUGUGACAGCAUUGAUUGUGAAAUAGUGUCUCCACAUCCAUGUUUUGAAGGAGGCACUUGCAAAGACUGCCAGGAAGUGGUUGAAGACAAUGUCAAGGCAAAUGGUGAUGACAUAAAUGUAUACUGUACAGUGUGUGGAAGUCCUGGUGAAAUGCUGCUUUGUGAUGAACCAGAGUGUGAGAGAGAGUUUUGUACUGGCUGUGUGGAGCUGCUUGUGUCACCAAGUGCAGUACAACGCAUCAAAGAGAUCGAUCCAUGGUACUGCUUCUUGUGUGAGCCGUACCAUCCAGAUACGCAUGGUCUUCUUAAACCAAGACCUGAGUGGCAGGAAAAGCUGGCCUCCGAAUCUCAAACAGCAGAGCCAAGUAGUGAGGUUAUUGAUGAUGAUGAAACACCUGAUGCAUCAACCUUUCCCAAUAGGCCUCUAAGAGUCCUCUCCCUUUUUGAUGGUAUUGGUACUGGCUUGUAUGUAUUGGACAAGCUAGACCUGGAAGUGGAGGCAUACUAUGCUUCUGAAGUAGAUGAAGCAGCAAAAAAUGUAACAAGUUUAAACUUUGGCUCAAGAAUUACUUUCAUUGGUGAUGUCAUGCAUUUCACUGAUAAAGAGAUCACUCAGAUAUGUCCAAUUGAUCUGCUCAUUGGAGGUUCCCCAUGCAAUGACCUCAGUGCUGUCAAUCCAAAUAGGAAAGGAUUAUUUGAUCCCAAUGGCACUGGAAUUCUUUUUUUCUAUUAUUAUCGUGUCCUAAAAACGCUCCAAGUUCUUAAUGGGAAGAAUCAUCUUUUCUGGUUGUAUGAGAAUGUUGCCACCAUGCCUCGGGUGUUCAAGACACACAUAAAUCAAUUCUUUCAAAGAGAACCAACUCUGAUAGAUGCAAAGUACUUCUCUCCACAAAGUCGACCAAGAUAUUUUUGGGGCAAUUUACCAGGAAUGUCUGCUCCUAUUCCUAAAAACUUAGGAGAAAAUUAUAAUUUGAGCGAGUAUCUCCAUAAGAUAGGCAACCGUGAAGCUUUAGUGAAGAAAAUAAACUGCAUAACAACCAACCCAGCAUCUUUAAAGCUUGGUGCUGGAGUAGAUUGGCCGAUCCGCAUGAAUGACUCCGGAGAUGUACCAUGGACGACAGAAAUCGAAAAGAUCUUUGGAUUCCCUCAACAUUAUACAGAUGUUGGAAAUCUAUCACAAAGAGAGCGGCAAAAUCUUCUAGGAAAGUCUUGGAGUGUUCCUGUUAUACAACACAUCCUUAAAGCCCUCACAAAAUAUUUCCCUACAAAGACAAAAGAGCAUGGUAAAGGGAAACAAGACAAAUCUCAGGUCAGACCCACAAUUAUGAAUGAGGACUCUCAGAUCAACCCUACAGUUGAUGAAGAUUCUGAUAGUAGACCCAUCGUUGAGGAUGAAGAUUUGCACAUUUCUUCAGUUGAUGAUUCUGAUAUUGGGCCCACAUUGGAGGCAGAUGAUGAUCUUCAGAUCAUAUCAACAGCUGAAGAUUCUCGAAUCAUACCCACAGCUGAAGAGGAUUCUCAGAGUAGGCCCAUGGUUGAAAAUGAAGAUUCUCAGAUGUUACCAAAACUUAUGGCUAAAAAAGAUAAUUUGCUAAAUAUUGCAAGUGCUGUUAGUGACAAUUUAGAACCAUUCUCAGUUUUAAGAUCAUUUCGUAAACCUAAUGUUACAAAAAACAGUAAUGGAAAAAUUCUCAUGAAACGAUCAAUUGCUGGAAAAUUACAGUCACAGACUGCGGUUAGUGCUGCCUCUCGCUUGCCACUGACAUUAGACAAAUGUAUAGUUGCUGGUAAACCAAUAAUGGAUAGUGAACCAGUAGUUUGCAAUCACAGUGUAAACAAUCUGUUUGAUGUUGGCACUAAUUUUGAAGGCCACGACAUUACCUUGAGGGGGUCGAAAACGAUAGAAGCAUCAACUUUACCUCAGGCAGCAACUGUUGAGAAAAUAAUCUCUGAAAACCUAGAGAAUGUGAGUGACAGUCUGGUCUCAAGGACUCCUACAACACGUAUGGCUAAAAAAGAUACUUUGCUAAAUGCUGCAAGUGCUGCGCAUGACAAUUUAGCAACAGUGUCAGCUUUAAAAUCAUUUCGUAAAUUAAAUACUACAAAGAACAGAAAUGGAAAUAUUCUCAUGAAACAAUCGGUAACUGAAAAAUCAACGUCACAGAUUGUGGUCAGUGACUCCUCUCACUUGUCACAGACAUUAGACAAAAGUACAGUUGCUGAUAAAUCAAGAAUGGAUAGUGAACAAGCAGUUUGCACUCGCAGUGAAAGCAAUCUGUUAAAUGUAAAAAAUAAUUGCGAAGGUCACAGCACCACUUUGACAAAGUCAAAAAUAGCUGAAGCAUCAACAGUAUCUCAUGCAGCCAAAAAGAAUAAAAUUUCCAGUUAUGUGCACAAAAAAUCGAAUGAAGGUGUUAAAUCAGCGUAUCGAAAUGCAAAGGAUAAAGAUGGUUCUUCUGGGCAUAUUUUUAACAGUAGGCAUAAUAAGGAAAGGUCAUACAUGUUGCGUAGUGUGAAAGAGAAGGAAGCUCGUUCUGUUAGAGCAUCUACCAAAAUGACCAGAUUCUUGUAUUCUAACUCUAAAAUUUCCUUAAAAAGAAAGCUACCAGAAGAAAGAAAAACAUUAAAAACUAAGAGUCGGAAGACUAGUGAGAGUGAAGCGACAGAUAGAAAGUUCUCUACAAAAGAGCAGCAAGUGUCAACAAAUGUAUGUGUGCCAAGAGAACAAGGUAAGGCUCAGUCUAGUGGCAAAAAAGGCCCUUGUACAAAAGAUAUCUUUAUAGUGCAUGACAGUUCUCAACCAUCAUCAUGUCUUGGUGUGAAUAUUUUGGAAGAGUGCAGCAACUCUAAUACAGUAGAGCUUCUAAAUUUUGUUGAAAUAUCAUCAAGUGAGUUUGAGGACUUUGGUGGAUUUGAAUUACAACAGCAGAGUGUUGGUUCAGCAUGUCCUGAAAGUGAUAUAUCUAGAAAGAAUAAUGAAGUUGAUCCAUUCUUUGACGCUGUAGAAAGCAAUUCCCUUCAUGAUGACAUUACUGAAAUUCCUAUGGGAAAUACUCAAGUGUUUACAACAAAUACAAAUAAAUCUCAAGUAGAACACAAUGCUAGCAGUGUUUUUAUUUCCACAGACAUGAAAUCCUGGCAGGUAAUUAAUAAUGAAUAUGAUGCUGACCUGUCGAGUAACAGCAGCAGUGAUCCCCUUAGUGAUGUUUAAAAA